AUGGACGACGACGGUAGAAAGCGAAAGAGAGAAGACGACGAGAAUGCGAGAGACGAAAGCAAAGCCGACGAGGAAUGGUUUCGGAGGCGACAACAGCAGGCGCAAGCGCAGGCUGAAUCCUUGCGACUCACCUCUGUUGCGGAUCAGUUGAAUAGGGCUGAGUUGGUUCGCUCGUCGCUCCAGGCUUCGGCAGGAAGUUUGAACCCAUCAGCUCUUCUUCCGCAAGGUCUUCCGUCGCGGGCAACGGGAGGGUUGACGAUACCCGAAGUGACACUGAACAAUGCCCUCCUUCCGAACACGGCCUCCCUGGCAAGAUCAACCCUGCUCAGAAACGCUCUACAGGGCAACCCCACAUGGCCACCGGCACCAGCGGCUCCAGUAGCUCCGCUGAGCCUUCCCUCGCUUGACCCCUCAGCCCGUAAUUUGGCAACAGGGUAUGCAUCCUUGCCAUUUUCGUUUUCUUCGCCGUCCUUUUCCGCGAACCCCUUACUCAUGGGGAAUACCGGUCCGGCGAGUGCACCGAGCUCUGCUCUGCACAUGAGCCUAUUGGAUCAGGUAUCAGUUCGACAAAGGCUGAAUCAAACUACGUCUCUGCGACAACUUACACAGGAAAGAUUCGGACAAAAUCCGAUGCCUUCUCUAAUGCAGAGUCUGUCCAACGACCCCUCUGCAAUGGACAAUCGUGUAGCACGACUUCCCUCUUUUCAGUAUCAGCAGCUACAGCCAAAUGCAGCCAAUGAACCACCGCCUUCCAGUAGAGCUCCUGUGAUGCUCUACUUGCCAUGUGAUGACGAGAGCUUAACGCCGUAUCAGUGCCUAGCACGCAGGCAAAUUGAACUCUUCGAAGCUACACCCGCUGAUGUUGAAGCAGGUACCCAAGGUCGCAAUCGAUCCAUCGUGCUGGGUCAGGUUGGUAUCAGAUGUAGGCAUUGCAGUGCGCUCAAGCUGGCUGAUCGUGCCAGAGGCUCAACGUACUAUCCUCGAAAACUCCAAGGCCUUUACCAGGCUGGCCAGAACAUGAGCAACUCGCAUCUUCUGCAGUAUUGUACACGAAUUCCAAAAGAGAUCCGCGACGAAUUGCAACGGCUGGGAAAUAAAAAGUCCUCUGCCGGAGGAGGAAAAGACUACUGGAGUGGUGGGGCAAAGAUCUUAGGGGUGAUUGAAGACGAGCAAGGCCUGCGUUUUGAAAAGAAAAGCCGCCCAUUGUAG